AUGUCCCGCUAUCUGCGACCGGCAGUCCGUAUGGCUGCUACGGCAGCCCGCGCCCCGGCACUCAGAUCCUCGACCGGCACGUCGUCAUUAAUAGGCUCGCAAAGGGCUGCUGCCUUCCGCCCGGCCGUUUCGAUGCAGCAGAGGUGGGCAUCGUCGGGAACCAAGGAAUACACAGUCCGUGAGGCGCUCAACGAGGCACUCGUCGAGGAGCUUGAGGCCAAUGACAAGGUCUUUGUCAUGGGAGAGGAGGUCGCUCAGUACAACGGCGCAUACAAGGUCACCAAGGGCUUGCUGGAUAGGUUUGGUGAGCGCAGGAUCAUCGAUACCCCCAUCACUGAGAUGGGUUUCACUGGUCUGGCCGUUGGUGCUGCCCUCAGUGGUCUGCACCCUGUCUGCGAGUUCAUGACGUACAACUUCGCCAUGCAAUCUAUCGACCACAUCGUCAACUCGGCCGCCAAGACCCUGUACAUGUCCGGUGGUAUCCAGCCCUGCAACAUCACCUUCCGUGGACCCAACGGUUUCGCUGCCGGUGUCGGUGCUCAGCACUCGCAGGACUACAGCGCUUGGUACGGCAGCGUCCCUGGUCUGAAGGUCGUCUCCCCUUGGUCGGCUGAGGACGCCAAGGGUCUGCUCAAGGCUGCUAUCCGCGACCCGAACCCCGUUGUCGUUCUCGAGAACGAGCUCAUGUACGGCCAGAGCUUUCCCAUGUCCGAGGCGGCUCAGAAGGACGACUUCGUCAUCCCCUUCGGUAAGGCCAAGAUCGAGCGCCAAGGCAAGGACCUGACCAUCGUUACCCUCUCGCGCUGCGUUGGCCAGUCGCUCGUCGCUGCUGAGAACCUCAAGAAGAAGUACGGAGUCGAGGUCGAGGUCAUCAACCUGAGGUCCAUCAAGCCCCUCGACGUCAACGCCAUCAUCCAGUCGGUCAAGAAGACCCACCGCCUUAUGUCGGUCGAGUCGGGCUUCCCGGCCUUUGGCGUUGGUUCUGAGAUCCUGGCCCUGACGAUGGAGUACGCCUUUGACUACCUCGACGCUCCUGCCCAGCGUGUGACCGGUGCCGACGUGCCGACUCCUUAUGCCCAGAAGCUCGAGGAGAUGAGCUUCCCCACCGAGCAGAUCAUCGAGGAGCACGCCGCCAAGAUGCUGAAGCUGUAA